AUGGACCGCGUGCGAGUCCAUGAAUUUGCAGCUCAGGUGUACUACACACCAAAAGAAAGCGACCACAGAUUCUUCAGAAGGAUAGAUGAUGAUGAGGCCUGUCCCCAGAUGGGCCAGAGCGGUGUUUUUCAGACGAACUUUUAUGGCUAUGGGUCGGAAGAGAUGCGCAAGGCAAUCUCCAAGACUGAAUUCAUGAAAUUCGAGGUGGAUGGUAGCAGUGUUCAGUCGGCCGCCGAUCCCACGGGCCCAGCGCCCAUGGUGGGCCCGCCUGAGCCACCUCCGAAGGAGGAGAAGAAGGAGGAGGACCUCCGGCUGGAGGGCCGGGUCAACAAAUGGGACUCGGAGAAGGGCUUCGGCUUCAUCAUGCCCGCGGGCAAAGAGGAAGGCGGUGACAUGGGGAAAGGUCUGUUUGUGCACCGGAAGUUCAUCGUGGGAAGCACGCCCAGCAACCCGAUCAACCUCAAGGAGGGAGUGAAGGUGAGCUUCAAACAGGGGACUCAGGACAGCAAGCCUUGUGCCCUGGAAGUGCUCAUGCUUGGCGCCGAUGGGAAGCCUCUGCCGAUUCAUGCGGGUGCGCAGACCUUGGAGGAGAAGAAGAAGAGCUACCAUGUCUCUGCGGAGUCCUUGGGUCUUCGGGUGCACUGUGAGAGCUGGCCUGGCCUGAAGAAGACGCUGCAGGACCGCUAUGUCUUGGAUGAGCCGCUGGAGGAGCUUGGCGUCUACUUUGCUGUGCUGGAUGGACACGGCGGGACGCAGGUGGCCGAUAUGGCAAAGGAAAAGCUUCAGAAGAACGUCCUCCAGCAAAUGCGGCAGCGACAGGUGCAACCUGCAUCUCGCGAUGAGAAGAUCAAGAUGGCCAUCAAAGAGGCCUUCUUGCAAACGGACAAGGAGAUCCUUGGGCUGGCGGAGCGCAAGAAGUUUGAGCUUGUUGGCUCCACUUGUGUCUCAGUGAUCCUCCAUGGAAAUCCGAAGCUGGGCACGGCUUUGCGUCUGGUGGUGUCCAACCUAGGGGACUCCCGGGCGGUGCUUUGUCGUGCCGGCACAGCUGUGCCGGUCUCGGAGGACCACAAACCUACGCGAAUGGACGAGAAGAAGCGCAUCGAGCGCGUUGGGGGUCUUGUGUUGCAGGUGCGGGGCGCCUGGCGUGUGGCCACCUCCACAAACCCCAACUCCAUGAAUAAGGCCGCCAGGAGGGAAUACCAGGGCCUCGCAAUGACGAGAUCCUUUGGAGAUUUGUGGGGCUGCCCAUUUGUGCAGUUGUUUUCUUUUUUUCGCCGGUUGGGCUUCCAAAGUUGGUGCGCACAGAAAUCGAGAGUCCACGCGACAGAGGCUGGACACGUAGUUUGUGGAGCUUGGUUGCUCAUGCUUUGGUCACCUCCAUCAGUCGAAGGAAAAAGCGGCAGGGAGGGACAUACAGAAAGAUAA